AUGAAUCACUUUUCUCGGAAGAGUUCCUCAGACAUUCCACAGCUGGAAUACAGGCAAUCCCAGACAGAUUCAUCAAAUAACCUAUCAAUGGAUACCUUUUGGCUAGAAGUAGAGAGCAUCAAAGAGAGCACUGAAUCUGAGUCUGAAGAGUGCAGCCUUACAGAAGCCAAGCUCCUGGAAGAGGGGGAAGCUGAAGCUGAAUGGCUGCAGGACGCAGGGCUCUCUGACCUAAUGGGGGACCAUGCUGAAGAGAACGGCAAUAUUGUCCUGCUGUCCACUUUGACCAAGACUCAGGCUGCAGCUGUACAGCGACGGUUGGAUACUUACACCCGCUCCCGACGGAAGAAAAAUAAGCAGCCUAUCCGUGAUGUCAGAGACAUUUUUGGAGUAGUUGAGUCUGGGGAGACUGAACCAGUGACGGAGGCUGAAAUGGAUCGACCACACCACAGGUCUGCAUCAUCUAACAACCUUCAGAAAUAUCCAGUGGGAAUCCCAGGACUCCAGUUUCCACUGAGAGAUUCUGUGAGAGAAGAGUUAUUCAGCACUGAGAUUGCCUAUUCAGAGCAGGCUGCAAUUCUGCUCAAAGGAUCAUUCCCAAGGGAAACCAGGAGGAUGAAGGAAGAGAGUUGUUUGUCCAAAUUUAAAAUCCCCAAAGGAAGGCUGGGAGUAACCAGGACAGAAGAUCUGUCUCUGCAGGACAUGAAGAAAAUUCCUACCCUAGCACUCAUUGAACUAACCGCACUCUGCGAUAUUGUUGGCUUAGAGCUGAAGAGGAACAAGGCAGUUAAACGGAAGUCAGCAGAGCACAAACUUUUUGGAGUUCCACUUGGCACUUUGUUAGAAAAUGAUCAAAAGCUCCUUCCAAAUACCAGGGUUCCACUGAUUCUACAAGCAUUGCUUUCAUGUUUGGAAAAGAAAGGGCUGGAUACAGAAGGAAUCCUGAGAGUUUCAGGAUCACAGUCUCGCAUUAAGUGUUUGGAACAAAAACUGGAAAGUGAAUUCUACACUGGCUUCUUCCAGUGGGAUGAAGUCCAUCAAAAUGACAUCUCUGGUCUGCUGAAGAGAUUUAUUCGAGAGCUACCCACUCCUCUUUUGACAGCAGAAUACUUGCCUGCCUUUGCAGCUGUGCAGAAUAUCCCAGAUUUGAGACAGAGGCUGCAGGCUCUCAAUCUACUCAUACUGAUUUUACCAGAACCUAACCGAAAUACCCUGAAGGCACUGCUGGAAUUCCUUAGCCUGGUGGUUACCAAAGAAAGGAAAAACAAGAUGAGCCUUUGGAAUGUUUCCACAGUUAUUGCUCCAAACCUCUUCAUGCACAAGGGAUUGCCAAGCAAGAUCCCAGAAGGAAAAGAGAAGCAACUGGCAGAAGGUGCAGCAGAUAUUGUUCGGAUGAUGAUUAAUUAUCAAGAUUUGCUCUGGACUGUUCCUUCUUUCUUGGUAACUCAGAUAAGAAAACUGAAUGAGAACAGCAGCUGGAAGUAUCAGUUCUAUGACAGGAGGAUCAAGAAUCUGUUAAGAAAGAUUCAUGCAGACAAGGAAAAGACGGAAAAGAACAAUGGUGAAUAACGGUUCAGUGGAUUCGAUGAACUUCCUACUAUAUGAAGUUGGUGGCAACAUAAAUGAACAUUGC